UCAGCUACUGUCCGUGUCUCUCUGGUUGCCUGGCUGUGUCUCCUCUGGCCCUUCUCGCCCGUCACGCUGCUUUCUGGCGAAUUGCGAUGAGAGGAAACGCUCCAUCCAGAAGGGGGACAGGAUUGGCGACGCCCUAUCCCCCUCCUGCUGGCACGCCCAGCAGGUGACGCUGAGUAUUUCGACUACAUUGUGGUACGAUGCGAAGCCGCUCACGCACAGCAGUUGGUUUGAUGUAAUGACAAGGACCAU